AGGGCUUUGAAGGCUGCAUCCAUCUUCAGCUGGGUUCACCCUCCUCCUCUGCUGUCAGAUAACAACACUGUUCUAUUCGCUUUAUUUAGGGUAACAGGGCUGAUUUUCGUUCGUCGAAAUGGCCUCUAACGAAUAUUCCCAGUCGUCUGGCCAGGGCUAUGGGUCCUAUGGAGGUGGUGCUGGAGGCGGAGGAGGAGGAGGAGGUGGUGGUGGUGCUGCAAUGGGCCAGAGCUAUGGUCAGUCUUCUGGGCAGGGCUACAGCCAACAGGGCUAUGGAGGCUACAACCAGGGCUCUGACAGCAGCCCCAGCUCCUACAGCCAGAGUGGAUACGGCAGCUACAGUCAAUCCCAGUCAGGAUAUGGUUCUCCCCCGUCUAACCAGGGUGGUGGAGGUGGAGGUGGAGGCGGUGGCUAUAAUCAAUCCUUUAGCCCUGGAGGCUACAACAACAACAACCAGCCGUCCAACAUGAGCUACAACCAGCAGUCCUCCUUCUCUGGGUACAGCCAGCAGCAGCAGCAGCCUCCUCCUUCAUCCUCCUCAGGCUAUGAAGGUAACUCGCAGGCCUCUGGAUACAACCAGCCCCCGAGCGGUGGACAGGGUGGAGGUGGUUACGGCAGCAGUGGAGGUCCGUCUGGGGGUUAUGGGGGCAGCGGGAGCAACCAGCAGCCAUCCCAACAUGGAGGAGGUCACUACAACCAGCCUCCAGGCUACAACUCGCCCCCUCCACAGAGCUACAGCCAGCAGAGCCAGUAUGGGCAAGGUGGAGGAUAUGGAGAUGAAAGUCCCCCGUUGAGCGGAGGAGGAGGUGGGGGAUACGGCAGUUCCGAUAGAGGUUACGGGGAUCAGGAUGGCCGUGGCAGCAGGGGACGCGGAGCUGGAUUUGGAGGUCGCGGCGGUGGCGGAUUUGAUCGUGGUUUUGACAGAGGGGGCCGAGGUGGACCGAGAGGAAGAGGAGGCAUGGGAAUGGGCGAUCGUGGAGGAUUCAAUAAGUUUGGUGGACCAAGAGACCCAGGGCAUGUACAUGGAGGACCCAGCUUCAUGCAGGACCAGGAUAACUCUGACAACAACACCAUCUUCGUGCAGGGCCUGGGAGACGACUACUCCGUUGAAUCAGUGGCUGACUUCUUCAAGCAGAUCGGGAUCAUUAAGAUCAACAAGAAGACAGGCCUGCCCAUGAUCAACCUGUACACAGACAGAGAGACGGGGAAGCUGAAGGGGGAGGCCACUGUGUCCUUUGAUGACCCCCCCUCUGCUAAGGCUGCCAUUGAUUGGUUCGACGGUAAGGACUUCAAUGGAAAUCCUAUCAAGGUUUCUUUUGCCACCCGCAGAGCUGACUUCGCAGGCCGAGGUGGCAUGAGGGGGGGGCGAGGGCGAGGAGGUCCGAUGGGUCGUGGGGGAUUUGGAGGAGGGCGAGGUGGAGGUUUCCCAGGAGGAAACGGAGGCAAUGGAGGAAAUGGUGGCAAUGGGGGAGGAGGGGGAGGAGGAGGAGGAGGGCAACAGAGAGCUGGAGACUGGAAGUGUUCAAACCCCAACUGUGGCAACCUGAACUUCUCUUGGCGUAAUGAGUGCAACCAGUGCAAGGCCCCAAAACCGGAGGAUGCCGGGGGGAUGUCUCCCAUGGAAAGAGGAGGUUUCGGAGGAGGCGAGCGCAGAGGGGGGUUUGACAGGGGCAGCUUCAGGGGCCGAGGCGGCGAGCGCGGGGGCUUCAGAGGGGGCCGGGGAGGUGAGCGUGGAGGAUACGGUCCUGGAAAGAUGGACGCAAGGGGUGACCACAGACAGGAGCGGCGGGGCUGUCCCUACUAAACCCUCCUGGAGUACAGAGACCAUUGCCCCCCCCCCGGACCCAGCCUGCACAUUUAAUCUUUUAUAUAACUGUUAACUCUGAUUCUUUUCUUUCAGUGUGUAGAGAAAUGUGACCAUCCCUCUUUUCUGUUUGCUCUUGCUCUUGACGUCAGUGGGGCCUCGUUUAGAAAAACAAUCUUAGGGAUCAAACUCCAUCUUUUCUGCGUUUCAGUGCUCAUAUAAAUGUCUUAUUUCAGUCCUAAUGAUAUUUUGCCCAGUCCAGCUCAAGCAUGUUAUCUGAAGAUAAUUAUUUUUAAUUGAUUUUACAUGUCAUUAAGGCCUGGACAAAUAAAUGUGUGGAGUAAUCAAACUUUUUUAAGAGAACUCUUAAAAUUGUCAGAACACUACGGAAGAACACUGUGGAACAGGAUUAGGGCCACAUGGAAAUGUGUUUUUGAGUUCUGAGAUUUAAGUCAGAAUUGUGAGAAAAAGUCAGAAUUCUGAUCUGAAAAUAUAUGACCCUAUCCUCUUUUGUAGAAAACCAAUGCUGUAACACUACGACUCAUUUCUCAUGAACUGCUGCACUGGAAUGACUGAAACUAAUCUGGCACUUAUCCGAUAACUGGAAUAAUCAGGGACUAUUACUAUUAUUAAAUAUUAUCAUUUAGGAGAUCCAAGCUAUUUGGAAGUGAAUUUGACUAUUUCCACCCAAACUGUCGCUGUUACAUUCAAAGCCUCUUCCUGUUUCAACUCUGACCUGUUUUUCUUAACGUAUCAAUCAGAUUUACAGUGUCAUGGAUAAUAAUAGUUGACACUUUAAGUGCUUUCAUCUUUGUUUUAACCUCAAAGUUUAGCCACUUGGGGAAACGAAUGAAUCGUGCUGUAAAUGUUUAACUACCACUGUUUUGCAAAUAAAAUAAGAGAGAUAAUAAAGAUAAUAAAGCGUUAUAUUAUCUCAGGUUAAAGUCGUACAUUUAUGAGAAAUAACUACAAAAUGCAGGAGAAAAAAAUCACUAAUUCCCCAGAGAAAAAUUUUAAAUAUAAGACAAUAAAAACACCCCAAAAAAAAUAUAUAGGGACAAAAUACAAAUGUACCGGAAUUUUUUUUAACCAAAUGCAGCUUAAAAACAUUCUCAAAUAUAUGGGGACAAAACUAAAAAUUAACACCAAAAAAAAAAAUCACAUUUAUCUUUUGGAAAAAAGACAAAAAUAUAACAGAAUAAAUGUAGAAAACUACCACAUCAUCAUCUAUGCCCUGCAAGUGCUGCAACUGUUUGUUGCAAAGACAGAACCACAAAAUGAUUUAUUUGUUUGUUUGCUGUCAGAGCAUUCAGCGGAACAUCUGCCACAUCUCUAAAAUUGCAUAGUUUCAUCUUAGAGGCUGACAGUGCUCUCACAAGAUUCAAGUAUGAGAAGGACGCCAGGAGAAAAGAUCUGAAGAUCGAUUGAAAUCCAACGAGGCCUCAUGUGUCUGCAAGAUGUAUUUUAAAUGUUCUUUGUCCAGGCAGAACUUGUGUAUUUAUUUUGUAUUUAUGAGUUGUUUUUUGUAUUGUGCAUGUGCAGGUUUUCAAAGGAAAAUGUUGAUUAAAGUGAAAACAAUA